AUCAUCUUCUUUCUGCUGUUCUUCUGGUCUAUUAUAUAAUAGUGACUUUUGAUAUACUUUCUACAUAAGAUUUGGUGGAUUGAUCCUUCAAAUCGUUUGUCAGUAUAACAUUUUAAUUGAUGCAAAAAUAUAAAUGUGAAAGAAGACUCAAGGGGGAGGCUUGGAAAUGGAACUGAGGUUUUUCGCAGUAGCAGUUUUGAGUGUUCUGAUACAGAUCGGGGAAAAUGUGGAGCGCUGUCCAUUUGAAAAAAGGUGUAGAUGUUUCAACUUUUCUAAUAAUAUUCAUGCUGACUGCUCGAAUCUGGGCUUAAAACUGUCACCCGAUUUCUGGGCGAAUGUAACACGAAUAGAUCUCAGUCAUAACAAUCUAACACAGCUCCCUGACAGGAAAAAAAUACCAGAUAACUUAACUCAUCUGGACCUCUCCCAUAACUCCAUAAGUGCAUUUAGAAACUUUUCAUUCAAAGGACUGUUCAAGCUUACAGUUUUGAAAUUAAAUUCAAACAAGUUUCGGUUAACUAACAAACUAAGUAUAAAUGUUUUUGCAGAUUUGAUCAAUAUUAAAACGUUGGACUUAUCUGAAAAUACAGAGUUGACUUUUCGAAUUUUGCCAUUUUUGGCAUACGGUCUUCAAUUUUCAACAAUUUCGACCCUUUCAUUGAACAAAAUCCACUGCACAUUUGGACUGGGUACUGAAAUAAAAAAAGAUGAUAUAAGGUAUCUAAAUAAUACAAAUCUAACAGAAAUUCAUUUGUCAAGCAACAGAAUUGAAUUAUUGGAAAACGGAACUUCUGAUUAUUUCCCUAAAACAGUUAAGAGAAUAUCAAUAGCUGAAAACCGACUUACAUUUGGUUUAUACGUUUUACACCUUGGAGCAUUAAAGGAUCUGGAAUGGAUAAACGCAAGUUUACAAUAUCUUUCCCACAGUCCCAUUGAUAUUAUUAUCAGCAACAAAAUAUGUCGAGAUGAAAGAAGAAAAGAAUAUUUAAUAAACACCCAAGAUUAUUCAUAUGGUCGCGUGCAUAAGACAAAUGAGACGGCAAAGUUGUUGGUGAGAUACAAAAAUAAAACUGGAGGAAAUUUUACAAGAUCUAGUCAACGAAACGAAUUAUUAAAUAGCAAAAAUGAAGUCCAACCAUUACCACCAAAUAUAAAAACGGUUUUUUACAACAAAAGUGCAUUGCGCUUUGAGAUUCCAAGGUUGAAAUCGAAUGAAAACAAGCUGGAAGAGUUAUACAUACAGGACAACAUUUUAUAUUCAUGGACAGGUCCUGUACUAGGAAUGGAAAGACUUCGAGUACUGAAUAUGUCAAACAAUUUCUGUUCUUCAGUUUCCAAAAGUUUCUUUAAGCAUCUUGGUAAUCUUUCAGAAUUAUACCUAAGUGAUAAUUUGUUGGGUUUUAGUUUAUCACCGGAUACGGAAGGUGAAAUAUUUGCAAGUCUGAAAAACUUGACUCAUUUAGAGCUGAGAGCAAACAGAAUUACACAUCUGCCAAAUCAGAUUUUUAAAGGACUUCGAAGCAUAAAGGAUUUAGUACUGGCUGAUAAUACGCUUAGCACUAUAGAUUUUAGUAUUUCGACUUUAAAGAACUUACAAUUUCUUGAUGUAUCUGGAAACCAAAUCGAAUUUCUUUCCGAAACAAACAUGAAAGAUGUUGACCAACAGGCAGAUAAAGUCAGUUUUACAUUAAAUCUAUUAAGAAACCCGAUUUCAUGUAAUUGUAAAACACUGUCAUUUCUACAGUGGAUGAUUAAAAGGCAUGACACUAAGAAAAUCAGUUUUAAGUCAUUUGAAAAGUAUUCCUGCGCGACUUCAUCCCAGGGCAAACCAAUAAUGUUUUCAAAAAUUAAAGACUAUAUGCAAAAACUAGAAAAAGAAUGCAAUUCCUACACGUAUUUGAUCAUUAUUUUGUCAUUCAUCAUUCUCCUGUUCUUUGUCAUCCUUUUGUGUGGGCUGCUAUACAGAUAUAGAUGGAAACUUCGUUAUUUUUACUUUAUGACUAAAAGUCGAUACCAUGGAUAUAAAGCUGUGAGAAGUGAAAGCCAAUCAGAUUUUAAAUAUGAUGCCUUUGUUUCCUAUGCCGAUGACGAUUUUCCGUUUGUUCAGAAAAUGAUGUUGGAAUUAGAAGAAAAUAAUGGGAUACGUUUAUGUAUUCACCAUCGAGAUUUUGUUCCGGGAUAUGAUAUAUGCGAAAAUAUUAUCACUGCCGUCAAUAAAAGUAAAAAGACCAUUGCUAUAUUGUCUCCAAACUUCAUCAAAUCCAGUUGGUGUAUGUAUGAGCUACAUAUUGCAAAGAUGGAAGACAUCUAUUCUCGAGAAAAUGAAGGCGUUCUCCUUUUGGUAUUUUAUGAUGCUGUUCCUGUAGAUAAAAUACCCUUGAGUAUCAUGGACCUUAUCAAUCAGAGGUCGUACAUUGAAUUUCCUAACGAUGAACACGCGGAUUCAAUUUUCUGGAGGAGACUUUGUAAUAGUAUCAAUGAUGAAUUUUUAUCCUAAGGACAAGGACGGAUAUUUCAAGCUAAAACUCGAGUUGAUGUUUUUGAAAAUUGCAUUAAACAGCUUAAACAGCACAGAUUUUUAGUACUUAUUCUGAACCUGGUUGAUUCUUUUCUGCAAGAUUUGUCAGCGGAAACUUUAUUUUACAUUAAUCAGUUCUAUUUUAAUCUAAUGCCUAUAGAUUUUAGUUUCUCUUUUUAUGAAUUUAUGAUUUUACCGUGUAUUACAUAUUGUCGGGUAGAUGCUUAAUAUAUUUCUAUAAAAUAUAUUGUUUUAUAAUCGUAAAUUUGGUGCUAAUUGACGGUGUUCACAAUUUAUUUUUUCAAGCAUUUUAUAUCAUUUGCAAUAUGCUCAACACAUAGUAAAGUGUGUAUUAAUUAGGAGAAUGGAAAACCAAUAAAGCCUUCCUUGAAAUCAAUGUAAAUGUUUAUAUG